AACAGCGUCGACGAUGGAAAUGUUGAUAGCGAUCAUAUUCAUAGAGAUGCACCUGCUUGAUCUAAAAACAAGAACAUUAGAAUUGUAAGAAAACGCAAAAAAGAGCACCACAAGCAUAUUAUAACGCCAUGGCUGAGAUACAAGAUGUUUCUGUUGUGAUGGCUUUCUUAAAAACAGGGCCGCUGAGCCCCAGUCAGGUCUCCGUCGCAGUAUCCAGCAAAUUCAAUAGGCAUUCUAAACCUGAACUUGAUGCCAAAAUUGAUGACGCUUGGAAAGAGAAGAGUGCUAGCAGUGCCAAGUUGUUCAAUGCAUCAAAGUUCAGGUUGAGUACAGCACAAAAAAUAGCACCUAUUGAUUCUGACCCAUCAUGUCUUUACCUUGGCCUAGGAGUUACAUGCUACAGGGAUUUUAUAGGGACGAAUAUGUCCGCCGACGGGAUUUUAUUGCAAACAGAUGGACUGGUUGAUCAUGCCGACAGUCAAGCAUACCUAGCGGAUCCGCUGGGCGUUGGCGCAUUUAUAGUCACAUCAGAUAACCUGGUUGUGCUAAUCCAGCGUAGCAAGCAGCAAGCAGAAGCGCCAGGAAUGUGGGAUGUUCCAGGUGGUCAUCCAGAACCCCAGGAUGUGUUAAAAGUCUCCUCGCCAGCUGAAGUAACCUGUGAAGCAUUGGAAUCUAAAGCAAACAGUGUCGUCAAUGAAAUCUUCUCCUCCAUAAUGCGCGAGGUCUCCGAUGAGGUUGGCAUAGCAGAAGCAUGCCUGUCUGAACCAGGACUGAUGGGAAUUAUCCGUGAUAGCAGCAAUUGUGGAAAGCCACUAGCUGAAUUUAUUAUCAGAUGCAGACUUAAUGGUGAUGAGGUUAUAGAAGCCUAUAGAAAAGGGGAGCAAGUUGAGGUGGAGGAGUCAACAGAUAUUAGGCUGGUUCCGGUGGAUGAGCUCCCAAGUCUCUGGAUGACUGAGCCAGGCUUCUGGAAACAGCUGACCCCACAGGGGAAGGGCUGCAUUCAACUGUACCUCACUAUCUGUGACCGCAUGGAGAAGAAUAUUUAUUUUGUGGAUACGUAACUAAACUGUUAGCAGUGAAUUAUAUGAUCAAUAGGUUUCUCAGUUCUAAAUAAAUUUUAAUUCUAGAUCUCCAUUAUAAAGAUCAAAUAUAAAAUAGCUGACAUUAAAUCAACUUCAUCGGUAUUGAUAAAGUUAAAUAAGAUAUUGUAUAUAGACCGCCUUCAGUUUGUAUAGUGUAUCAGCAUGUGUUGUUUUAAAAUGCCAUGUAAACAGAAAUAGGUGUAAAUUUAUAUUGUGCUAUUCCAGGUGUAAGAGUUUGAUGUAUCAAUGAAUUAAAUUGGCUCAAUCAUA